UACUGCUUACAGCCUUUAAGUGGUAGGCUAUAGGUGAAUGUCUGAUGGGAGCAAAAGUAUUCCAGUCCUGUUAAUUGGAUCCUUUUAAAAUCCGUUAAGCGGCUCUACAGAAGUCUUUUCUGUAGCAUGGAAAGACGCAAACACUCCAUCAAUAUGUUAGAUGAUACGGAGAGUAAAAAUGAUUCAGCGAUUUCCGAUGAGCAGCGAGUGAUUCAGCGUCAGCAGAUGGACAGCGCGACUCAAGAGUGUCCGCCGCCGAAAGCCACAGCGAAGAUAAAAAAGACUGUCCUAACAGAAGAGUACAAGUUUACGGAACAGGUGCUCGGACUAGGCAUUAACGGCAAAGUCUGGGCGAUUUUACAAAAGAAAAGUGGACAGAAAUAUGCUUUAAAGAUGCUGCAGGACACCCCUAAAGCAAGACGAGAAGUAGAGCUUCACUGCAGGGCAUCGGCCUGUCCAUGUAUUGUAGAAAUUGCAGAUGUCUUUGAUAAUUUCUACCAAGGAAAAAAGUGUUUGCUUCUCAUCAUGGAGUGUAUGGAGGGUGGAGAACUCUUUCGCCGCAUACAGGAGCACGGUGAUCAAGGUUUUACUGAAAGAGAAGCCUCUGAAAUAAUGAGGAGUAUUGGAGAAGCUGUUGAGUUUCUGCAUGGUUUUAACAUUGCACACAGAGACCUCAAGCCAGAGAAUUUGCUGUACACAUCGAAGCAUCCUGAUGCCCAGCUCAAGCUCACAGACUUUGGAUUUGCCAAAGAAACCACAACAAACAAAUGCUUGACAACCCCAUGCUACACACCGUACUAUGUGGCCCCAGAGGUGCUUGGUCCAGAGAAAUAUGAUAAGUCAUGCGAUAUGUGGUCAUUAGGAGUCAUCAUGUACCUUCUGUUAUGUGGAUAUCCACCAUUCUACUCAAACCAUGGUUUGCCAAUCUCCCCAGGAAUGAGAUCUCGCAUAAGGAACGGCCAGUAUGAAUUUUCUAUGCCUGAAUGGUCAGCAGUAUCAGAGGAAGCCAAGCAGCUCAUUCGCCAAUUACUGAAAACUGAUCCAACGGAGAGAAUGACCAUCACAGAGUUCAUGAACCAUUCUUGGAUUAAUAAAUCACUAACUGUCCCUCAGACGCAUUUACACACAAGUAAAGUUCUUAAAGAAGAGAGUCAUGUGUGGGAAAAGGUCAAGGAGGAGAUGACUAAUGCCCUUGCAACCAUAAGAGUGGACUAUGAACAAAUAAGGAUCAAAGCCAUCAUAGACUCAUCCAAUCCCCUUCUGGCAAAGAGAAGAAAGAGAAUGAGAACGACAACCACAAAAGAGGCAGCUUAAUAAAAAAGACAUGUUAUUUUGUGGCUCCUUUAAAACUCUGAAAGAUCAGAUGUUUUGAACAUGAAAACAUUUAGCCUUUUCAUGACUUGUUGUUUAUAAUUCAAGUUCUGCCCCAAGUAAGGGAAAAUGUACAGGCAGCCAGUUGUGAUCGCAGAA